AUGCCAAAGAGAAAUCAACCUGAACUUGAUGUUAAAGAAUUUGAUGAUGGUGAUGAAAAUGAAAGUGUUAAUGAAGGGGAAAUGUUUGACAAAAAUAAGUUAGAAGAAUUAAAAGAAAAAGACCCAGAUUUUUAUGAAUUUAUGUUAAAAAAUGACCCAACAAUUUUCCAAGAAGAAGAAGAAGCAAAUGAUGAAGAAAUGGGUUGGACAAUGCCAGACACUGAAGAGCAAGGAGAUUUAGCUAGUACACAACAAGUUAUUGAAAAUGCCAAAAAAGGAAAUGACUCAGCAUUAUUACAAUGUGUUCUUCUUUUUGUUGAUGCAGUUCAAGAAAAACGAAUUGAAACAGCAUCAGAUUAUGAAGCAAUUAUGACAUUUGCUGUUGAUGAAUUACCAAAAUUAAUUAAAAAUAAAAAAGGGAUGUUUAAGAUUUAUAUGAGAGGAGUUGUUCUUGCUUUAAAACAUAUUGAUGAACCAACAAUUCUUCAUGUAUUUAUUGAUAUUAUUAAAGAAAACUCAGAUAAAUAUGCUAUAUCAGAUAGUUAUUCUAAAUGUAUAAGUUCAUUAUCAAUAUUUGCAUUUAAUUAUAAAAGUACAUUAAGAAGUAUUGCAAUAGAAACAAUGACUGCAGUAAUUAAAGCAUCAAGAAAAGAUGAAAUUCGAAUGGAAAAAAGUUUAAGAAUUAUUUUUGGAAAUUAUAUGAAAAGUUGUAAACAAUUUUCAAGAAAUACUUCUGAAUUAUUUAAUGAAUCACAACAAUUUAUAAAGAAAAUAAGUUUAUUUAAUAUGAAAGCAACUUAUAAUAUUUUAUUUGAAUAUAUUAGAAAUAUUGCUCUUUCAACAAAAAAUUGUAAUACUGAUUUAAAUUCAUUUAAAAGUGUUUGUUCAUUUGGAUGUAUUAAAACAUUUGAAAUUAUUGCAAUUUGUUUAAAAGCAAAUGUAGAUGAAAAAGUAACUCAAUUAUAUCAUCCAUUUUGUCAAUUAUUGUGUGGAUUAUUAAAUUUUGUUAAAGGAAUAACACAUUUUCCAGUUGUUCUUCAUUUUAUUCAAAUUUUAAAUUCAGUUGUUUCUGAAAAACUCUUUGUUUCACCAAUUCCACCUAUACUUGUUGCAUUUGAACAACUAUCUCAAGUUAAACCAAAACCUUCAUCAACAGAACAAAACUCAUCAAAGAAAAGUAAAAAAGAAUAUGAAGAAAUUGAUUUUUCAUAUUCUCUUCAAAUAUCAAAAGAAGAAACUCGAAACGCAGACUUUAUAGUUUCAGCAACAAAUGCACUUAUUAAAGAAUUAACCAAUUAUUUUAAUAUCUUCAAUAAAUCAAUUGCACUUCCAGAACUUGCAUGUCAAUGUAUUAGUUCAUUAAAAAAAAUAACUAAACAAUGUAAAAUUGUUGUUUUAAAUAAUAAAAUUAAUACCUUCAUUCAAAAAUUGAAUAAAAAUAUUGAAGUUAUUAAACAGAAGAGAAACGGAAUUGAUUUUGGACCAUUUGAUGUGACUAAAGUAAUGGAAUUUGAAUCUAAUUGA